UUUGAGCGCUGUGGUAUUUUUGUUGUGUCGCUUGUACGGCGUCCACGGGCCGCGGUUCGCGCCGCGCUGCUGGCUGCAGUGCAGGGAUACGGUGAGGUCACUGCUGAAGACGCGCAGCAGUCAAACGUAGUCCGAGGCUCGUGUAUGAGCUCAGGUCAAUUCAAUUCAUCUCUGAACUGAUUUUUGAGUGCGGGUGCAGUUUAAAUUUCAGCUGUACGAAAUCGACCACAGACGCCACGAAGAGAGUCGUCGGCCCAACAUAGCCGCUGAUAGGGCUCCUGCGGCAGAGCCCGCACCUCCAGAGGAGCGCCUGCAGGCUGCCCGGCUUGGCAGGACGCCGGCUGCCCAGACGCCAUCGCCGCGACGCCUCGGCGUUCCGACCAUACCAUCACUGCGGCAGCAGGCCAGCGGCAUAUAUCAUGUCUCGCGAGGGCAGCCCAACACGAGAUGUAGUGGAGGGCGGCCGCGCGACGACCCCAUCCUCAGGCCUGCGGGGCUCCAUGGACAGCCUCUUCUCGAAGGCGUCUUCUUCAAUUCAGAGCGCGGCGCAGUCGGCCGCGCAAGCCGUCCAGGACACCGCGCAAAGCGUGGCCCGGAGCCCGGCGCGGCGGCGCCCGACACGAGAGGAAAACGCGACGAAGACCCCGCCGCCCUUCUUCAAGACGGCAGCCGCAGCUAGGAGAGCCGGCGUCUUUCCGUCCCAACCGAACAAUGCGAGAACCGUGAACUCGAAGGAGUUCUGGGAGGAGCCUUAUGAUUAUACGAAGGGCGCCAAGUUUAUUGGUCCUGCCAUAAAUGACGGCGGUGCCAAACCCGAACGCAAGGACCAGAGAGGCUUGUAUGUCAGGGUGAGGCUGAAGGGCGGCGAGCCCCCUGCGGAUGGCUUCACGAGUCCGCCACCGCCUCCAGUGCCCACCGAGGUGAAUAAGGAGGGCAAGCAAGUGCCCCGGACGAAGUUUUCGAAGGAGGAGUGGGAUUUAUCGCAACAAGAGUUGGAUGAGCGGCUCGAAGCGAUGGGCUUCGAACCCACUUAUCACGCUCGUAUAAGGAAAGCUCAGCGGGAAGAAGCGAAGCAUACCAAAUGGGAGGUGGACCAUGGGCCUCGACAGGCGCAGUGGGCCGACUACCUGCGGGAGCACCCGAAUCCUUUCAAAGAUAGGCCUGACUUGUUCCCGACGCAUCUCGGGCGGCCGCGGCAUGAUCCUCUCGGUGGGGAGCCGUCCAUGUUCGAGCAUUUGUUCAAGAACAAGGAUGGUACUGAUAAGCGGCCGUUCACGAUCGUUCAUGAAGACGAAUUUCAACGAAUCGUGGAGCAGAACGCGCGUGAGGAAGAAAACUGGGAGCCCAAGGAGCCGGAACCGGGCUGGGAGGUCACGGAGCAUCCCUCCGUGGCCGAGGAGGCUAGGAUCGCCGCGGAGGACGCGCAAGCGGCUCUCGAAGGCCGAAAACUGGACUUCGGCAACAACCCGUGUGGAAAUCUUCGCGUCGACCUCCACGCCAUCGACGCGACGCCUGCUCGAUGGCGUGACGAUGCCGGUUCCUCACCGUUCGAUGGGGCCAGCACGGCCGCGUCGUCGCCGAGAAAUGACUUAGUGAAGAAUCAUCGGCAUCCGACUCACUGGUUGAUUUACGCACAGGCAACGACUUCGGGAAACCAGGCAAGGUCUACCCCAAGUUCAAGUGGCCCUCGGAGGAACUCUACCCCGACCAAGCGCCGAGUGGUGAGGAUAUCGACGCCUCGUCCGACGUCGACGCCUCGUCCGACGUCGACGCCGCGUCUGAUGACGAGGACGACGCGCCGGGCCCCAUCGAAGACUGGUUAAAUGAAAAUGUACCUGCGGUGAUGGAGGCCGCGCGGAAGAAUGGUGGCGACCCGGAACGACUGAAGGAGAUCCAUAUCCUAUACAAAAAAAUGAUGGUGGCGCACUGGGAGGUGUUUGCCAAUGACCUCGGGCCGCGGCGCGAUCGCUUCGUGCGGGCGUGGCCUGGUAGAAACCAGGAGCAGAUGUGGCAGGUCGUCUGGGACCUAUUUUGUGGCGUCCACGAGAUCGAGCGGUUCGUGAAGAUCUGUCGCGAGUACGCGAUGCAGGAGACGGACGAUGAAUACGCCAAAAGGACGGCCAAGGGCGAGAUGCACUGGUCGCACCCCAUGUGGAAGCCGCCCUCCGAGCGGCGGCGGAACGCGAUCGCGUUCGUGCCCGGCGAGGAUGGCGAGGCGCCGCCGUCGACGGCGCGGUCGGACUCGACGGCGAGCGUGGAUAACUGGUAGUAUUGUGUUACUG